AUGACCAAAGGGGGAAUGGAGUCAGUCGAAGUGUUCACAUCUGAAGGCAAAGGCAGGGGCUUGAAAGCGCAGAAGGAAUUCUUGCCUGGGGAUGUCAUCUUUGCGGAGCCCGCCUAUGCAGCCGUGGUUUUUGAUAGCCUGACUCAUGUCAUCUGUCACACCUGCUUCAAACGGCAGGAGAGGCUCCACCGCUGUGGCCAGUGCAAAUUUGCCUACUACUGCGACCGGACCUGCCAGAGAGCAGCUUGGCUGAACCACAAAAAUGAGUGCUCUGCUAUCAAGAAGCAUGGCAAGGCACCCACUGAAAACAUCAGGCUGGCUGCCCGCAUCAUGUGGAAGAUAGAGAGGGAAGGCAGCGGGCUCGCAGAAGGCUGCCUGGUCUCCAUCGAUGACCUGCAGAACCACGUGGACAGCUUUAGCGAGGAGGAGAAGAAGGAGCUCCGUGCCGACGUGGAGAGCUUCCUUGAGUUUUGGCCAGCCCAGAGCCAGCAGUUUGGCAUGCAGUACAUCUCCCACAUAUUUGGAGUG